CCCGGCUGGAGAAGAUAGACCCACAUAAACACUUAUGAUCCACACGGUUGACAGUGUCAAGAAGCUGUUAGGGCCAGGCACAAGAGUUGACAUAUGAAAUAAUAUAAAAAUGACCAUUGAUUCGGCUGUUGAGGUUCAGAGACCAGACUGUCAGAAGAAUAUAGUCCUAGAAGGGAUUAUAAAUCUAUUAGGUUAUUAUGCAGCCUGGUAUCAACUACGAAAGAUUAUAUCCUCUUUAGCUGCUGGGAAGUAUUUAUUAAUAAUAUCUAUACUUAGUAUUUGGAUUUUAUCGACAAGGAGUAGUGAUUCAUGCCAUGUCUUUGAUAUUUGAAAAUGGGGGAAAGUGCUAUUCAAAGAUCGAUUCUAAGGC